CCGCCGGAGGAGCCGGUUCCAUGCCCGCUGGAGCCUCCUCUUGCCGUUGCUGCCGCCUCUUUCUCCCCCUCAGCGCGCACCCCCGGCAUGGACGUUAGGUUUUACCCUUCCGCCCCCACCGCCGUCGGUUCCUUGCCUGGGGCCGAGCCCACUUGCUUGGGCCCCCUGGACUAUUACCACUGCAACAAGUUUGAUGGAGAGAACAUGUAUAUGGGAAUGAAUGACAAUAACCAGGAAUUCCUCUCAGCAAAUCAGACAUACAAUGGUCAGAGUGAAAACAAUGAAGACUAUGAAAUCCCUCCUAUUACUCCUCCCAACCUUCCAGACCCUUCCCUCCUUCAUUUGGUGGACCAUGAAACUGGAUAUCAUUCACUGUGCCACAGUCUCCCUCCAAAUAGCCUGAUACCAGCAUAUUCCUACCAGAAUAUGGACCUUCCAGCUAUCAUGGUGUCUAAUAUGUUGAGCCAAGAUGGACAUCUCCUCUCCAGUCAACUACCUACUUCAUUAGAUUGCCUUCCACUGAGGUCCAUGGAACUGCACAGGAGUAACUAUUUGCAGCAUGUGAUCCAGGAGAUGGUCCACUCAGACGCCACUUCCUAUGAUUCCAACCAUCAAGUUCCCCUGAUCAAUCGACCAGGGAUGUUAACCGGUCACAUGAGUGCCCUCAGCCAGUCACAGCUGAUUUCUCAGAUGGGUUUGAGAAGCGGUGUUACCCAUGGUUCCCCAUCACCCCCCGGAAGCAAAUCUGCUACACCAUCUCCCUCCAGUUCUACUCAGGAAGAGGAGACAGACUCACAUUAUAAGGUAACUGGAGAGAAGAGACCAUUGACGGAUCUGGGCAAAAAACCUAAAAACCAAAAGAAGAAGAAAAAGAAGGACCCAAAUGAACCCCAGAAGCCAGUAUCAGCUUAUGCCCUGUUUUUCAGAGAUACACAAGCAGCUAUCAAAGGACAGAACCCCAACGCAACCUUUGGGGAUGUAUCAAAAAUCGUUGCAUCAAUGUGGGACAGUUUAGGAGAAGAACAAAAACAGGCAUAUAAACGGAAAACCGAAGCAGCAAAGAAGGAGUAUCUAAAAGCUCUGGCAGCCUACCGGGCCAGCUUGGUUUCCAAGAGCUCAGCUGACCAGGGGGAGACAAAAAGUGCCCAAACCAAUCAACCCUCAAAAAUGAUCCCACCAAAACAGCCCUUGUACACGAUGCCACCACAGGCCUCAUCACCAUAUCCUGGCUUGGGUUCCUUCUUGUCCCCAUCAGAUCUGCAGAGUUACCGUGGACACCCUCACCCCAGUCUCUCCAGGAGCCUCAACUCCAAGCCCAUGCUGCCCAGCAUCAGUGCCUCGCCACCCCCAUCCUUCCAAAUCAGCCCCCCUCUCCAUCAGCAGCUCUCUUUGCACCACCCGCAGGGUUCCAUCCUCAACCAGCCCCUCAGCAUGCAGCAGGUCCCACAGCAACCCAUCCUGUCUCCUUCCAUGGCACUACAGGUACAGCCCCCGAUAAACUCUUCACCACCAGGCCAACAGGACUUUUCACAUAUUUCAUCUGAAUUUCAAAAUAGUGUUGGGCCGCGAUCACCUGGUGCAUCAAACCCCCCAGGAAAUACCGACUGGGACAACGAUUACCCCAGCAGAGAGUGUGGGAUUAACCACUGCAGCAUGCUGCCAAGGGACAAGUCGCUCUACCUCACUUAAACCCUGACAUCUCCAUUCUGCAAAGGUGAAAAGGAAGGACGUUUGAGAGUCUGUGAUAACAGGCUACCCAGAUGGGCAUCAAGCAGGUCACAUGGACAAGAGAGUACCUGGCCUUUGGCUUCAUAUCCUGGCUCUGAGAGCAGUCUUUUUCUUUCCUUCUGUUCUUCUCACCCUCCUCUUCUCUUUCUUUCUCUUUCUUCUCAGAAGUUUACUGUAAAUGGAAGCCAACCAUGCAUAAAUCAUGAACAAAACUGACAAAGGAAACCCCCCCAAACACACACACUCCACCCCACCCCGUGUGCACCUUUCUCUGCUUGCCACCAGCUUAGCUAUGGACCAUUUCCUUAGCAAACUGCUUUUUAGAUUCAGCACAGACCCCAGGCACAGUGCUACAAGGCAUUAGGCUUGGCUCAGCAGGAGGAGGAGGAGGAAGAGGAGGUGGUGGCACUCUUUUGACUUGCUAACGGCACUAAACUUUGUGCAAGACAAAUGUGAAGCCUGUGUGAAUAUUGUACAUGCAAAAGGCCUUGGAUGUCUGGCGAAAAAAUAUUAAAUCUAAAAACUAUUGUUAGAAGGUUGGGUGGAUGGAGCAGAUGGGAAGCAGAAGUGCAAAUAGGAGAGUGAAACAAUGUGAAAAAAAGACCAUGAAAAACUAUAAUUUGUUGGAUAGUUGUAAGUAGCUUACUAAAUGUUUUAGAACUGUGCUAAAGACAUCUUUAAGAUUUUUUGUGGAAAAAAAAUUAGUAGUUUACUUUAUAGUAAAAGCAUUUUAUAUUAAUUGUAGCACAUUUUUUUAGUUAUACAUAGAAUGGAGAUGUGUAUAAAAAGAAACCCUGCCAAACUUGUUUCUAUUAUUUGUACAGCAAGAAAUGGACAGUUUAUAUCCAUGUUAUAUGGCAUUAUUAUAUUUUUUUCAGCCAUAUGUCCAUCUAUUUAAAAUUGCUGACAAGGAUUUUUGUCUAUUUAUGAAAAAAUUAGAAAGCAGAAUUACAGUUUAUGAAAAGUGCAUUUUCCAUGUGUUUUUUUAAUUAUUAUUUUUAUUUUCUUUGUGGUACUGUUUCACAGUACCUGCACAUUUGGCUCACAAUGCUUAUCUUACCUUUCUUUAUAAUAAAACAUAUGAAAAGUAGAAACAAAGCUGUCUUGUUCUUUUGCGUGCUUAUAUGCAUAGAAAGUUCUGGGUAGACAUGUGUGCCACACAUCGCCAGUUAUUCAAAGAUGCAUGCAAUAUAUUCCAACAGUUCAUAGACACCAAAAUACACAUAAAUCCUUGGGCUUAUUGAGGAAGUUCUAGAUGUUUCUCCUGGUUACGAGGAAAUGGCUUAUUCCCUUUUCCUGUUUUUUAAUUCCCACCUGGGAAUAUGGCCCCAGGUUUGACUACAGAUCCUCAUUAGCUGAAUCUAAGAAAUAGUGCUUAAAAUUAAAUUUAUUUUGGAUUGGGGCCAUUGUGUAGAAGGUUUAUAGACCAUCAGCCACAGCUUGACUGUAUUCAUUAUAUUAAGCCCCACAGUGUUGGCUGUUAUGGUUCAUAUGUCAGUGCACUGAAUUCAGCUAUGAUAGGCUGCUGCUUCCCUGGUAUUUUCCGAAGGGGGUGGAUUCAGGUACAUCAUUUUCACACUAUAGGUGAGGUCUGUGGAGACCUGGUCCUUACCAUAGUGGAUCCAAACCACAGGUAACUGCAGGGAUGCUCUGAAUUUUGAGAAGGAGUCAGUUCUUUAUCUGACAUUUUGGGUUUCUGGCGGAAACAUCAAGCAUCUGAACAAGGGUCCCUGAGUUACAAUCAAUUUGAUAAGUAUCCAACUUAAGCUUUGUUUCCAUGUCAGGCCAAUCAGAGCAUCACAAGUGUAUGAUCAUUUGGUGGUAGGGGAAUGGAAUGUUCCUUGCCU